AUGGGUUGGCCACUGCUUGCUGCUUUGGUCCUGGCGGUGACUCCCAGUGCCGCCCAGUGGAUUGCAGGUGGCAGCCCAACGUUGUAUUGCCGGCAGCCAGCUAUGAAGGACGGGGUGGAAUAUCACCUCGCAGGCUAUGAUGCAGCACGAGAUGCCACCAUCUCGAAUAAGUACUACAAGAACUACGAUGCCUUUUUCGAUUUUGACAACUACCUUCAGCAAGCGGGAAAGAUCGGGUCUUCAUCGUGGUCAUCGCCUGUACUAUCCGUGGACGACGUCCGCGGUGUCGCACUAGAGGGUAGCGUGGAGACUGUGACUGUUUUUGGCAAGUUUGCGGCGCCAGGAAAGGAGUACGAUUUGUCGUUUAACGGCAAUCCACCCGACACCUUCCGGGUCACAAUUACCUUCAUGAAUGGCGCUCGAAGCUCGCUUGGAGUCCAGGAUGUCAUGUACGUGGAAGGAAUCAGAGACGGGCGCAUUUUGAUGUUGAUCCCCAUUGCAAACUUGGAGCUGGGCGAGGCGAAGAAUCCGAGCGUGAUCAGCUUUGAGAAUACCUUCUCCGUUCCUUCGGGCACCAAGUAUUUGCAAAUAAAAUACUCAUUUUUGACGACCCAUCAGCAUGAGCACUACCUCUUUGGCGAUCUGGUAGUCUUGGGCUGCACCGCCGGUGCUGGUUGUGAGUUCUGUCCAGCAGGCAAGGAGCCCAACGCUGCUCGAGUCAAGUAUCGCGAUGCAUCGAGCAUGAACCAGUGUGCGACAUGCCCUGUGGGAUCAGAGCCCAACGCUGAGCGCAGUAGCUGUGACACUUGCAAUUUAGGAACCUACCGGUCAAGCGCAAUGAAUGCCUGUGCGGCGUGUCCAGUGGGCUCGGAGCCCAACGCCGGGCGCAGUGGCUGUGACACCUGUGAUGCCGGCAGCUAUCGUGCGGCUUGGAUGAGUGCGUGUGCCGUGUGCGCGGACGAACCACCCGUCUGCGUACCCUGUCCCGUCAACACGGCACAAAUUCAGGGCAACCACACGGAUGCUACCUGCCAGCCUUGCGCAGCACACAUGGGUACGGCUUCGGAAGGCAGCAGUGCGUGUGCGUGCAAGGCUGACUACUUUAUCUCAGAGGGCAUCUGUACGGCAUGUCCAUUUGGACACGCCAAGGCAGGCAUUGGCAAUGUCACCUCGUGUCCUCUUGUCACCAUUGGUGUGUCAUACACGUUCUCAGUGUCUGCAGCAGUGGCGACGCACGAGCUGGCUGGCGACCUGGAAGACGCCCUCGAGGCGGCCCUUUCGACAGCAGUCUCGGGUCUCGUGAUAGACCGUGUACACAUGACAUCGUCUCAUGGGCAAACACCCAAUACUUCAGUGGCGUCCUUCACAAUGGCCGUAACCAAAGCUCAUCAGAAGUCCACCUGCUGUGCUUUGCAAUCGGUUUCCUUCGGCGGCCUACCAGAUCAGCUCGGGGUUCGAGGGUGGGACAACAUCAACACCACCUUUUUUGAUCGUUCUGGCUGCGAUACAGCCUUGUGUGGUGCCAUGUGCCCCGCCGGCUCCUCCUUGAAAGGCAGCCUGUGUAUCAUCUCGGACAUGGCAUGUCCUGAUGGCUUUGCUGUUUCAAACGGCGUGUGCGUGAGCGAGGAAGGCAGUGUGCGCUGUCCAGACGAUGCCAUUACCACGCUUGUCAAUGACGCCCUUGCGUGCGCCUGGCCCGUGGUCUGUCCCCUUCAAAACGAAGUGUAUGUCCCCAAUCGCGGCUGCUUCAUUCCCGAGACGUGUGCCCCUGGCACAGAACUAACGUCCGAGUAUUUCUGCGUUCAAAGCAUCAAGGACUGUGGCGUGGGCUUCACCUACAACAAAAGCCUAGUUACACGCGCAAAUCGUGUCAGCUUGCGAAGCGGAUGCCAAGACAUUGAUGAGUGUCUGGCUGCAGGGCCCGGUUGUUCAGAUGACAGUACCUGUGUCAAUGCUGAAGGCGGGUUUGCUUGUGAAUGCAACGAUGCUUCACUGCAAUACAAUGCAAUCCUUCACGCAUGCGUGAACCCCAGCGCAUGUGUCACCCCGUCCAACAUUGCUGCACUGGGCAUCCGAUAUUUUAUUAACAGUCAUGGUGCCUGUGUGUCGGACACAUAUGUGUGUAAUAUUGAGCAUGCGGUGUAUGAGCCUGAGAUCGUCACCCCCGACAACCUCGGUUUAGCCAGCUUUCGGCCGUGUGUGGCACCCAACUCCAACUGCACCGUGUCUGGUCCAAGUGAUAGCAUUGUGAGCUGUAUGUGUAGCACGGGCUACUCGGGCGAUGCGCAAACGGGACCAGACAGCGUGGGCUGCCAGAGUUUUUGUGAUCCCAACCCAUGUCGCUUUGGUAGCGAGUGCGAAGUCUCGCGGCGCGGUGCGCGCUGUAAAUGCCCGGCCGGAUUGAAAGGCAACAAUUGUGCAAUUUUGCCCGAGGCAUGUAAUGGGCGCUGCAACGGUCGCGGUACCUGUACGCCUGGUGCUGCAAGUCCCGAUUUGAACCCUCGAACAUCAUCCUAUGUGUGUCAGUGCGACAGAGGGUUCUCCGGCCAGGAUUGCGAAGUCAACGAUGCGGCCAUGAGUGCAAGUCAGGCACAGCCGGCGUAUGACGCUUCCUCGCCGGUUGUUAUCGGCGCUGGGGUGGGUGGCAUCGUCUUGCUCCUCCUGCUCGCACUUGUCAUCGUACGUCGCCGCAAGCGCAAGACAGCAGCAGUUCCUUUGGUUUUGGAGAAUCCGUACGACUUGCUGCAGCUACACGGCACUGAAGUUUGGGAGGUGGAGCGGCAGCGCGUGCGAUUGGGCGAAAAGUUGGGCAACAGUGCGUCUGCCGAAGUCUUUCAGGCCUGGCUUCGCAACCGCCACAGCUACGGGGAGCAAAGCUGUGCCGCCAAACAGCUCAGGGUACAAGCAUCAUCGACAGAACGCCAAGCCUUUUUAUCGGAGAUGACUGUGAUGAAGGAUAUGGGCGAACAUCCCAAUGUUAUUGGCAUUGUUGGGCACUGUCUUCAUGACGAGCCGCCCAUAUUGCUGGUUGAGCUGGCUGAGCUGGGAAACCUCCGUGACUACUUGCGCGAGUGCCGCGCGCCUGACAGUGGGCCGCAGCCGCUCUCUGCAGCCCAGUUGCUCGACUUUUGUUGUCAGAUUGCCAAUGGCAUGGCGUUUUUGGAGCAGAAAAAAAUUGUUCACCGCGAUCUCGCCGCUCGGAACGUGCUGGUGGGCCAGCAACUGUCGUGCAAGAUUAGCGAUUUUGGGCUGGCUCGGGCGCUCGAUGGGGAACAGUUUCCGAUCAAGUGGAUGGCCCCAGAAAGCCUCGCAAGGAGCAUUUAUUCAAUCAAAUCCGACGUUUGGGCCUUUGGCGUGACCAUGUGGGAGGUUUUUUCAAUGGGAGGAACCCCGUAUCAGGCGUAUCAAAAUGCCCAGAUUUUGGGCUUAUUGGAGUCUGGCCAUCGGCUACCCAUGCCAAGCCAAGCGCCUUUAAAGGCCGACGAGAUUAUGCGCCAGUGCUGGUCAAUACACGCUGAAGAGCGACCAACCUUUAGUGCGCUCGUGAGCGCCUUGACAAGCCUAAGCUCUGACAAGAAUAUGUCAUCCAUGGUACGCGACUCAGGCGGAGAAGUGACGUACGAGGCGAUUGCGGACGCCUCAGACGCUAGUGAGAGCUCGGGCAUCCGUGCGCCCGUACAAGGCACCAGCAGCGUUGAAGUGUGGCUGGACCAGAGCGUGUACGAGACACAACUUACCGGAGACAACACCUACGAUAACCAAGUCGAUGGCCAGAUGCUCGAAGGGCUGUGGGCCGAAAACAGGAUGUUUCGCGCAAAUGAAGGCGCACAGAAGCCUCAGUUGUAUGAGGACGUGUACGGCGACGCGGGCAAUCUGGGCUCAGCGGCGCCUGAGGGACAGCGCAUGGAGAAAACCCCUUUUUGUGCUAGUGCAACGCAACUCAUCUAUGACGACUUUGAGGACGCUAACGAUGAUGGCCAGGUGCUGGCAGCUGAAAACAAACUUUUCUGUGCCGAAGCAAAUGCCGUGGGAUACGAAUCAUACCAAGUGUACGGCAAAGAAGUCGUCCUCAGCUCGGCAGCAGUUGAGACGGGGAUGGGAAACGAGAGAAGCUCAGUCCUUGGCACGCACGUGGAUGAUGAUGAAUCUCAGCUUUAUGCAGACAUUGAUGAUCUGCCGAAUAACAACCAGCAAGUGGUGCUUCAGGGAAGAAGCCAGGAAGCGCAGGCCAACGAAUCCCAAAUCUACGAAGACAUUCUUGACAUCAAAGAUGAGACGCAGGUCCCAAGCGUCAUUUACGAUAACCAGGACAGCAAUGGCCAAGUUCUAAACGAGGGGCCAAGUGCUAGUGGCAGCAAUCAAAUGCUUGGCGCCAGGACAAGUGCCAACGAGUCUCAGAUCCGGGAAAGCUUUUACGACAAUCAGGACAGCAACGGUCAAACAAUGACUGAGGCGCAGAUGCCUGAUGCCACCCGCGAGUCUCCAAUUACAUGUAUUGAGGACAUGUACGACAACCAAGACAGCAAUGGUCAAACGAUGGCCGAGACGGGCGGCACCGUUGUCACAGUGCGUGGUACCGAGCUGGGCGAGAGUCUUGACGACAUCAUCGAUGUGACGGUGAGCGGCAUAUCUGUGCGCGACUCACUGCAGUAUGAGAGCUCGUCGAAGAUUCGCAUUACCACACCUCCGUGUCGUAUCUCUGGGCCCAUCAUCAUAACCACCACAUCAGGGGGCCAAGGCAUUUGCCCCAUUAGCUUCACCUUUGACAUUGUCGAAACUCCUGAGGAUGACCAUGACCACACCGUUGGCUUUUUUGAAGAAUGCUCGACCUGGAAGGAAGAACUACCGAUGGACCAGGGAGACCGUGCCAACAACCCUGCUGCACAUGUGGAUCGCGAUCCACUGGGCGUCCUUGGGUCCGCCGUUGUGGACGACACCGAGAGGCGGCGCCAAAACAGGAUUAUCAAGGGGUUGCAACACGAGUACAAGAACAAGUCAAGCGUCAUGUCCGAGGCCAAGUUUGAGCCUGCUCUGCUUUUUGCCUCGACCUACAGCAACCUGGGCAUCAAUGAGCUGGAAGUUGGGCUCAAUCAUCUUCGUCAGCAGGAGGACCGCUCCGAUGCCGCCUAUCACAAACUUCUUCACGUGAACGCCCCCGUCUUUGUGGGCGUCUUUUCUGCUUUAUCCGACGUGCAUGAAGCCAUUGCCAGUCACAAACGCCGCUACAAUGUCACGAAAAUCACCGACAACGUGGACAAGGUCUUGAUCGAUCUUGAGCAGACGACUCACGAGCUCUUUGACCCCCUGCUGGAGCGACAAGAUGCGGCUGCUAGUAAUCGUCACGCCCUCAACAUGAUUGCCACCAGUCGCUUCCUCUUCAAUCUGCCCGCAAGCGUGCGCAAUGGCAUCGAGAACGAGAAUUGGUCUUCGGUCAUUCAGGACUAUCGCAAAGCGCGUCAGCUUUUCGGAACGUCGUCCUUUUCCAUUUUCAAGAAGGUAAAGUGUGUGUGUGUGUGUGUGUGUGUGUGUGUGUGUGUGUGUGUGUGUGUGUGUGUGAUUUGGUAUCCGUAUGUGAACACGACUUAUAUCAUGGCCCAUGUUGAAGAGAUUAUGCAAGACGUCGAGGCGCGACUCUAUGCACAGUUGGGAGACCCUCAGACCUCGCUGGCUAGUAAGGAACUGUUGGUUGAGUACAUCAAAGUGUUGCGUCCAGAGAGCGAACCGGCCUGGUACUGCGUGGAAAAGCUGCACGAACAUUUGCAACAUCUCCUCGACCAUCACUCGACACGCCUUGAAGCCGUUUUAGACGAGGUGACUGGCCGCGUCCUGUUCAAACGCCUCUCUUUCUUCAAAAAAUGUGACCACAAGCUAUUUCUCUUUGCUCAUUUCCUGUCUCCCAACUUGAUCUUUGACAGUCCGAGAGACACACUAACGUCAAACGCCGUUGGUCUCAACUUAAAGCAGCCGUUUCAGUUGGCUCCCGCCGUCGUGCAAGCGGCACAGAUUUCCUAUUAUGGAAGCGCUUGCAUCACACCAACGAUCAGGACCUCGAUGAAUGGCAGCAAUUCCUCCUCGAAGCGAUCCUCGCGGUAUUCAAGCGUAUCUUCCUGGCGCACCUCUGUAACAUCGAUGCGGCAGUCCGUCACUGACUCUGCCUUCGCCCCGGAAGACGAGAAGGCCCCAACGCAGCCUGCUCAGAUUGAAUUUGUGGAGAACAUCUGUCGCGUGUUCAUUGAACAGUUACCUGCAUUGUGGAACCUGAGCAAUCGUUACUAUCCCGACAGCAGCGCCACGGGCUUUGCUUCGCGAGAGCCGGCCAAUUCGACCCCCUCUGGCAUGCGCCGUCGCCGCUCACGUCGGCGCUCAACCAUGUUCAGUGAUGUUUCCAAUGAUGAAGAUCGUUCCGAGGAGGAGGUUCGCAACCAACAUCACCGUCUUGAGCUCAUCAAGUUUGUGACAGAAGAUGUAACAAAGUUCUGUGAGCUCUUGGACACGCGAUUUAUCGAGGCCUGUACUUCCUCCCGCUUUGAUGCUGCACAAGCACGUGCCUCGCUACCCACCAUGAUUAACACACUCAGCGGGUGCUAUCGUGUUGCUUCUGCAUUGGCCCUGCCUCGAGUUUCGCUACGUCAAUUGGAGAAGUCUGUGACCAAGGUGUACCUCUGGGCCAUUGGGGUGUCAUUUCAGGUGGCCGAAGAAGACAUUGCUUCGCUGGGUCUACAAGAAACCUGGGUCCCUAUGCCCACGUGCGACCAUACAGCCUUGCCGGAGCGGUUUGCCAAGAUUAUGGGCGGAACUCUCCAAACUCUGCAACUCUACGGCUCGGGGCAAAACGCCGUGACAUUGGGCGAGCUGGCUGCAGACAUCGAGCACCUCAUGUGUUCCUGUUUGCUCAAGUUUCACGCCUGUCUGGAAGGAUUGGUUUUUGCAGAUGCAUUGCUCAAGAUCGAUGAUCUUGAUACCGAGGUUGCAGGCGAGUCCGUACGCGGACUGCCCACCGAUAGCGCCGCCCGUUCCAUUCGCCAUCGGCUGCUCUGUGUCUUGGCCAACGCGGCGUAUACACGUGAUUCCGUGGCGCGUGUGCUCAUGGAACAAUAUGACACACUCAAGCUGGAUCUAACGGCCAUUUAUGAUGCGACCAUGGGGCGGUUCAGCGAGCUGCAAAGCCAAGUUCAAGAGGCUUUUGUGGAGCAAGUGACACAGAGCGUCUCGGCAGCGCUAGAAGAUGGAUUGCAACAGCUACUGCUGCCCAACGCCUAUCGCCCACGCAGCUACGUGAAUCUCAUCCUGUUUGAACUGGUUUGCUGGCAUGGCAUUAUCUUUGAAACAGCCCGCACAUUUGUCGACCGGUUGCUUGCUGCGCUGACACAGGCGCUAGCUCGCCAAGUACUGGUGGCGCUCGACCACGCAGAGCUUACCGCAGGGCGAGUGGGCGAACAGGUAUUGCUUGAGCUGCUUGUUUUCAAGGAUGUCUUGUCGCCGUAUGAUCGGGAACCAUCCGUGUGGAUUCCUUGCUUCAACCGCCUGCAAGCACGCUGCGCCAACGCCGCCCCGCGUGCUGCGCCGGGCUCCAGCUCGAGCACGGGAUCGAGUGGACGACGCGCUCUGCCCCAGCCAGGCAUGCAAACUCGCCGCCGCAUGCCAUCUGUCCCUGGCUCGAGCGCAGGCCGUGGCAAAGCACUGGACUGGCAGCAGCCACCACCGUAA